CGUCAAUUGCGCCCAGUCCCGUUCCGGGCACGUACUUGACUCUCCCCAGUUCCUCCCAUCGUGCCAUCGCUCAGGUCGUCGCACAAGUUCAGUAUGCAAGUGCGCGAUGUGGCUGGUGAUUCGGCGAGCUCUGGUGGCGUUACUAGUCCUGGCGUGCCUGGUCCAAGCGGAUGGUCCUAGCGAGCUCGGGACCGUUCCGCACCACCACCACCACCGGGACAAGCGGCUCGUGUUUACGUUCAACAGUGCCACCGGAGUGCUGUGCGCGCUGUCGAUCCCGCUGAUCGUGCCGGGGCGGAACAUUUUCGUGUCGUACAACUUCGAGAUGAACUACAACAUGCCAACGGACUCGACGGACUACACGCAGGGCGUGCUGAAGCGCGUCGACACGCCGGAAAUCAACAGCGUCGAGGGUCGGGGUGCGACGGCGGCUGGUGGAAAUGAGACCGGUUCGGAGAAGGGCAAGACGAUACGGAGAAGUGCUACGUUCACCAGGAAGAAGACCUAUCGAACGCUGGAGAUUAACCUGAACAGAAUGGGUCUCAACGGAAAGCGAUGCGUUUUGCGGGCGAUUUGCGAAGCUUCAGACGUCCCUUUAAACGAGUUCAACGGGAUUGUCGGAGAUCUGCUGCAAAUUAUGCUAACUCCUUCACACUCUGCGGAUGAGCAGCUGCCGGUCGAGUUUUAUCGGGCGGAGGAAAUGGGUCGCGAACACAAGUGCGACAAAUAUCGGAGACAUUGCCCGACCAGCGUUCUGGACGUGAUAAGUGUACUGUUGUGAGGCUAAGUGAUCGUACAAAUAAGAAAUUGCUGUGAGUGUUACUUGAAAACAUGGCAGGGACUUUCUCUCGGUGAAAAUGUGUUGCAAAAGAGCAUUUGGUUCGAUUCUUGCAAAAAAAAUGAUUCCUUACUCCAUUGAAACCAUUUAGCAUCAUUGUUUUCUCCAUAUAAAUACUAGGCUGUUCAUUAGGGUGGUCCAAAUACGGGCUUCCUCGGGGGUCCCCCUAAAUUCAAAGAUUAACCCAUCACUAGGCUAAAUUCCAAAUUUGAGCUCAUUCUGACCACGGGAACCCCUUCAUCUAAGUCCCUGAAGUUUGUAUGGUAAAAAUCGCCAAAAUGUAUGGAAGAAAUGCAAUAGCUAUCAAAUUCUUACCAUUUUUUGGAACUAAGUGCGGAAAUAGUCAUUAUUGAGGGCUAAUAACUUUUUUGCUAAAAAUCCUAAAAAUAUGGUGUCUUCGGGAAUUUUUUUUUCCAAAUUAAGUGAAGAUCUUAGUUCCCAGUGAGAAUUUUGGCUCGAGCGAGAACGACUCGUGGCUCGAACCAAAAUUCUCACUGUCAUUUUCGAAUUAUCGAACCACGAAAGCUAUUUGACUAAAAAGGGGUAGCAAAACUUGAAUUUGCUGUAAAAAGUAAGAAAAAAAAAAUGCGAAGUCCAAUACAAACUUCGGACAAUCAAAACAUCUCAUAAUAAUUUGGAUAAUCGAGUUUUUGUACCCCAAAAAGUCUGUUUUAGGAAUAAUGUCGUAACUUAAACAAGUUCUGUGUUUUGCAGACGAUAAAUAUGUUGAUAGCAAGCAAUCUAUCGAGUUCAGAAAUUGAUUUAAUUCGAACCGAAGUUGUCUUUCCCUGGGCCUUGUAAAGUCAAGGGGCAUGAUUUGAUCCUAGUGCAUUAGUUAAAAUUUGGGUAUACAUUCUUUUUUAUAAGCACUAUGGACACCACUUCAUGCUACGAGAACUCGCUUUGUCGCAGCCCCAGGGCUUAAGCGUUGACCGAUAAGCUGUCUUCGUGAACUAGGUAGUUCUCCGAUAGUGAAAAUAUCACAAUUGCACAAGACACCGCUGCUUCUGUGACUUUUUCACUAUCACAAUGUGGGAUUUAGGUGGGACUUCAGGAUAGUACAAUUGAUUUGUUGCUUAGCAUUAGCAUUAAAAAUAAAUCUGUAUCUUUUCCAAAUCUAUUUGAUGAUAAAUUUAGUUGCAAUUGUUAAGUUAAAGUAAUGCUGUCAAUAAACUUUGAUAGAUGUAGAAUACUAGGCAUUCUUUUAUGUCAAAUUGUCCAUAGAGUCUCGAUCAAUCAAUAAUGUAAUGAUAUCGGACAAAAUUCGUUGAUCUGUUGAACUAACGGUUUUCGGAUUAUGGUUGUAUUGACCAUUGUUGCGAAUCGAGGAACUACGGAUCUUUUGACGUAAAUGAUCAUUCCUUUUUUAAAAUCGCGAUUUCUAUCCUAUUUGUACAUUAGUUCACAAAUUUUUAUUGUUUUUUUUUAUAGAAGUAGUACUGCAACAGUUAAAGGAACGUUUAGUUUUGAACAUUAAGUUUAGAGGAUUUUAGAUCAAAAUUUAGAUUUUCAAUCCAAAGUAGUUAGCAAAUGAAUAUUUGGACUUAAAUGAAUAAUUGAAUAAGUUGGACUUAUGAAUAACACACCACUGUGCAUUUAUUCUAGAGUCAGAUCCAUACAGCGUCAGUGUUUAUUUGGUCGAAGUGUACUAAUUCAUUGGCAGAUCUGAUUCUAGUUGUAAUGUACGACAAGACUACUGACGGACGUGACAGGACGAGGGCCCAGUUUAGAGGUUUCAACAUCAACGAUGUGCGGCUGGACCACCCUCCCAAAAAAAAAAAAAAAAAAAAAA